AUGGUAACAAGUUGGUAUAAAAUAUGGUAUCAUACCACGCAGGUGAUAUUCAUCCUUUUAUUUGUUGGUUUUUCUGUUGUUGUUCCUUUAGAUUGUAUUGUGCAAGCGUCAGACUCUAGCAACGAUGCAGUUAAUACCUUUAUUGUGGUCGGUGCAGCUGUUGUAUUAGUGGUAUUUGGGAUUUCUAUUAGUUUUGCUCGUGUAUUGAUCUUUCGAAGAUCAUUACAAGAUAUACCGAAGAAAUACAUUCCAGUAACUGCGCAGGAUAUGCGUCAUAAACCUUCAAGGGAAUAUGUGAUUGAAAAUAUGAAGAGAGCUGGAGAAUUGGCGGAAAAGUUUAAAGUACCGAAAGAGCCUGUCUUACAUGCUGGCAUGGAACCAAAAGACAGUGAUAUGUUUCCUGAACACUUGAAAUAUGCGGAAAUUGUUAAAUUUAUCUCUGAUAGGUUUAGAUUCGACGGGGCUUUGCUGUUGAAUUUUGUCACUGAAUCGGAUCUCAGUACAACUUUCAAAACAGCACUUCAUAAACUUUUCGAGAAUGAAAAACACCCUUAUAAGCAGUAUUUGGAUGAGUUUAUCUCGCUUUAUGAGAAAUUCCGAUUUAGUGGACAAGAUAUUGAACGAAACGAUUUCGUAAAAUUCUUAAGACUCUACAAAUAUCUCGCUGAUUUAUCGAAUAAUUUGGAUUUAACAAGAAUCGAGUCUGUCCCAUCCCAAUUUCUUCACGUUCCUACUGAAGAUUAUGACACUGAUGCCAGAUCUAGAACGGACUCCGAAUUCUCAACUCCAUAUUUACGACCUUACCCGUCUGACGCCUUCAUGCAUAAUACAACCCCUGCAUCACAUGUGGGCUCUCGCUCCAGUAACUUCAGUUACGAUAUAGAUGAGUCUGCAGAACCACCAGAAUCUGUGGAAGACCAACAAAGAUAUCAUGACAUGCUCACUAGAGUAGACACUUACAAUACCGUCAUACAUAGAUGA